AAAAUGGAUCCUUUGAUAUUAUAGAUUGAACUAAAUCACAAGUCGCCUCGAUGAAUCUAUCUUCCUUUUACCCUCCAUACACGGAUCCCCCAAGACCAAUCCGACAGCAUCGAGCCCCAAAUUUGCCACGUCAUUGGGGUGCAACCAGCCAUGGGUCAGGCAAGAGUCUUGGUGACCAACGUGCAAGCUCAAGGACCAGCCAAAGCUAACUAGAAACACUGAGCAGAACACUGAGCAGCAAACAAAAUGUCCCAUCAUUACUUACUGUACUAAUACGUCUAUUCCAGCUUUUUAAAUUUCUCAUCAAACAGCUCUUACAAGUGUUUAUUCACC